CCUCGGCAGCAGCCGUUGUCACGUGACACAGAGGGACCACGGACACUUCCGGGCAGUAGAGGCACUUCCGGGCGGUAGCGGCACUUCCGGUUGGCUGUGAUGGCUCCGGACCCCUGGCUCUCGCAGUACGACGCCGCCUGCCAGCUGGCCCAGGAGGUGGCCGAGCGGAUCCAGGAGCGCAGCCGGCAUCGGCGCAACGGGGAGAGCUCGGCCAAGCUCAAUGUGAUCAUCAGGUCGUCACUGCAGAAUCUCAAAGAGAAGAUUGAUCAGCUGAAGGACUCCCUGCUCCGGGCUGUGUCAACGCACCAGAUCACCCAGCUGGAGGGAGACAGGAGGCAGAACUUGGUGGAUGACCUUCUCACACGACAGAAACAACUUCAGGCAUCUUACAAGAACGAGGGCACAGAACCAGAUGUGAUCAGAUCUAGCCUAAUGGCAGGAGGUGUCAAACGAGGAGUGACCAACCCGUGGCUCCUGGAGGAGUCUGAGGAAACCAGGGGGCUUGGCUUCGAUGACAUCAGGCAGCAGCAGCGGAGGAUCAUAGAAGAGCAAGACGCCGGCCUUGAUGCUCUUUCUUCAAUCAUAUCCCGGCAAAAGCAAAUGGGACAGGAAAUUGGGAAUGAGCUGGACGAGCAGAACGAGAUCAUCGAUGACCUCACGAACCUGGUGGAGAACACGGACAGCAAGCUUCGCACUCAGACACGGCACGUGAAGAUGGUGGACAGAAAGUCAACGUCCUGUGGAGGAAAAAAUGUGUGGAGAGGAAAAGGACCGCCCCGACUGCUGCUGUCAGUGCUCCCAGCCCCGGGCUGCAUCCUGUGCAGCACUGAGCCUCCCUUGGCUCCAGCAUCAUCUCCCACCUGCAGCACGGCACCUCAGCACCACCCAUGUCUGUACACAGCACGCAGAUUACAGCUCCCAUCCGUCUCCUUUUCCCCUGCUCCACCAGAUGGCAAUGCAAUCCAGCCGCCUCCCGCUGCCCCCGUCCCGCAGCCCCUGCAGCACUGUGGCAGCUCCUGGCCCUGAGCUUAUCCCCCAUCACCCCAGUACCCCAGUGAACUCAGUGUGAGUUCUCAGGAGGUCUCCUAGUUUUAAAGCAGGAUACCCAGACUGCACAAGGUUUCUCCUAAAGAACCGUGAUUCAUGCCUGCCGGGCCUCUCCUGCCGCCCUGCUCUAAUUACUGAUUUUUGCCAUGGGUUUAAUUUGCAGUCAGGGCUGUGCAAACAGUCGCUCGGGUUUGUUCCCCUGACAUGCACCGUGUGCUCACAGGAACAAGUGCUGUCCUUUUUUUGGAGCAUUGCAGUCGGUGCCAUGAGGUCAGCCUUUCCUGCCCGCUCCUUUCUGGGAUUCCUCCCCCCUGCAGCGGCUCAGAGCCUCCUGGAUGGGACAAAUCCUUGCCCUGGCAGCUGUAUUUUCCUGCUUUAUAUUUUUCCCCUUCUUUAUUUUCUCCCAUAAGCACUGAUGUGUUGACAAGCUUGUUCUGGGCCGUUACCGCUGCGAGAAAACUUUGCAAAGGAGUGAUUUCUUCCUCUGCUCCAGCUCCUUUUUGCUCCACGUGAUAACACAGCCUGGGGAAGGGCAGUGCCAGCAGCAUGCUGUGUGUGCUGUGGGGGGCAUGCUGCUGUGCCCCCUCCUCACCCCACUGUGCCCACAGCUGAGCGGGGCUGACACUGGCAGGAGGUGGAGGUCACAGAGAUAGGUGCUUCCUCCAGGUCCACCUGGCCGUGUCUCCUCGUUAGCACUGAGACCCAAUUAAGGGUCCUGCUGAGGGGGAGAGUGUGGGGGAGCUGCGUCUCGUUAGACACCAAGGAAACCUCAAAGCAGAUGAGCUUAGGGAUGUGGCAGCAAUGGGGCUCGUUAAUUAUGUUAAUAGGACAGCUUUUGAAACAGGCCUGGCGGUUUUGGUGCUGAACCAUUCUGAGACUUCUGUUUGCUGUCUUACCAUUUUGUUUUCCCAAAAUAUGAACGGCCUUUCCCUGCUUCAGUAGCUCGGAGGCCCAAGGGAGCCACCUCCUUGUGCAUUCUGUAUCAUUCAUUGAAGCAUUUGGCUUAAAACCACUCGCGUUGGGAUGUUGAGGUGGAUCAGCUGGUCAGAGGUGCUGGAUCUGAACACUCAUCAACAGCCUUAGAGCAGCACCAGGGGCUGGAGCUGCCUGCUGCCCGCUGCCCUGCUGCCCUGCUGCCCGCUGCCCUGCUGCCCUGCUGCCCAGGUGAGGGGCUCAGCACUGCUGCUGUAACUGCGUUGAGCACUGAAGGACAGGAGGAGCCUUCUGGGUCAUAGCAUCACUUCAAGAUAAAUUUCCCAGAACAAGCUCGUUUCUUCCCCCCCAUUACUCCUAUUGGGAGCUCACAGUGGUCAUAAACUUAUCCCCAGCCUAAACUUGUCAGGGAUACUUCAUUUAGUCCUUGUGCAGCCCUUGUUCUGGUGUGCCUUGAAUAGUCACUCAGCGUUCACCCCCUGCUUUGUCUGUGGGGCUGGACGAGCAUCAUUACAUUUAAAUCUACUAAAAUAACCCCUGUUCUGACAAGUCCUUUUUUUGUGCUUCUUCCUACUUGAGUUUUUGCCUCUCUCAGACAAGUCUCCAUGCCUGACGUGCCCCAGCAGUGCUCUGGUUGUCUCCCUGCGCCUUUCUCGUUCAUAAGAAUUUUCCACCUGAGCUCAUUAUCAUUCUGGCUCAUGGCAAAACGGAGUGUUUGUCCCACAUGAGUGCCUUCCCCUUCCGUCCUGUCAGAUUCAGCCUUCUCCAUUUGUCUUUGCAGUCACCCAUUUUGGACUCCCAGCUCUGCUCUGUACCGAUGGCGCUUUCCAGCUUUGUGUCAUCAGCGCGUUUCAUUAGCACACUUACUUUCUGUGCCAAGGUCAUUAAUAAAACCAUUUAAUAAGAUCAGCCUCCGGACGGUUCCUCCAGGAGCUCCUGCACUGACCUCCAUCCAUCCCGAUCGCUCUUUCAACGCCGCUUCACCUUUCACCACUUCCUGGCCUUACAGUUCUGCUAAUCCCCGUUUCUUUUUCGGUUCCUCAUUUCCCACGUGGCUCUGUAUCACACCUUGCCAAAGUCUGCGUGGAUGGGAUCUAUCACACUUCCUUUGUCUAGAAAAUUCAUUAUCUUACCAGCCUAACCUGAUUAGCUCUGUUUGAUCUGAUUUCCCUUCAGAACGUUCCCAUUGUUUUCUACCCUGUUUACCAUUUAGCUUCAUGCUCUAAUUAGUCUUUCUGCAGUUUGCUCUGGAGCCUUCAUCCUGCUGGGGUUAAUCAAAGAGGCUCGAAAUGCUCACAUCACUUUUUCCCUUCUGCCGUGGUGCAGCGGUGCAGAUGCGCUCUGCUCCCCACUGCUGGGCAGGCAGCCCUGGUCUGGGUGCAGCAGGAGCUGCUGCCUUCCGUGCUGCUCUGUGCUGGGAUGUGUACACAGCAAGGUUUGGAGAUGCUGGCUUUGAAUGGAGUGACUUGGAGCCCUGUUAGCAUCAUUCCUCCUGGCUUCACCAGCCGCCCUGGUUCCCUGUGAUUCCCAUCGCAGCCCACAUGCUUGGCUCAACGUGCUGAAAAAACAGCAGUGUCCUCUCAGUGCUCAGACCCCAUUUAAACUCCCAAACGAUCUGCAGUUUGAGAGCCGAUCCCCACAUGUAAGGCACCAUAAAGAUGGGAGAGGAAGCCGCAGAGUGGCACUUCUGGGGCUCAUUUGCAGCGCACAAAUCAGGCACAGGUUCAGGCCUGAAGCUGGGAGGUGGCAACCAGUUUGAAUGUCCCCCCAUUGGGAAGCACCUAAUGUGCCAGAGAGGGAGAAGAGGGGGGCAUGGAGAGGAGAGCCAACAGCAGCAGACAUCUUCUUAAUUACAUUUGCAUAUGCAGCUGUUCAAACAGCUCCAACUUCAUCAGUGCUUGUUCAUACCUAUCAGGAGAUUUAGAGCAGCUGCUGUCAGCCCGCGUAACAAUAUUGUACCAGGCUGGUGGUGAAAUGAGCCCCUGGGCAGGCUGUGUGCCCGGGCUGUCCAUCACACCAAAAGGCCUAGCAAUUAGUUGUGUUUGAAUAUGGGGAAAAAAAAAACACACACUAGGAAUUGUGUGAAAUAUCCCAGGGCGACUGCUUUACAGCUAGGUUUCCAAGGCUACAUGUUGCAGAAUUAAAUCAUAAAUUUGUAUUUCUGAAAAUGGUGCUGAAAUGUGAUAAUUUGUACAGCUAAACUCGCCUCCUCCUGCCUUUUCCCUCCAAACAUGCUCAGCGACUGAUGAUUGCAGUGCCUGAACUGGGGCUGGAAUACAGCACAGUUUUGGGCUGGGGAUUUUGUGCUGCAGCGAAGCUAAAUUGGGGGGGACCCAUAUGCUUCACACAGUGCAGCUGUACCCAAAGCACCAGGCAGGGAGCGGGGCUGCAUCUGGAGCACAGCACUGCCCGCCCCGGGCACUGGUGGCCACAACAAUACAAAGGAUGUGGUCAGUGGAGAAAUGGGCUUGCGAGGGGCAAAGCACUUAUGUUGUCUCUUCAGGGCUUUCUGAGAUGCAUAGAUGCCACCAGAAGUGGGGUUUAUAAAUCAAGAGGGGCUGUGAUCUUACAGCUUUGUUUUGCAGGAGGACAGGCAGUGGUGGGAUAGCUGCAGGCUUGGAGCUGCAGAGAGGGGAUUGCCCUCCUGAGGGGGUCAGACCUCGGGGUAGUGUCUGCCAUGUCGCUUUAAAAUUAGGUGAAUAAAGGAGAAAAUCAGACUGGUUCAUGCUGUGUUCAUCCCGAAGCGUUCAAAUGGCAGAAGUUAAGCUUCCAGAAGGGAGUUAAUUAAAGCAUGUUGUGCAUCUGGGCUGGUUUGGGUGAGCCGUGCACAGGGCUGUGUGCGUGGAGUGGUCAGAGCCCCAUUUAGUGCUGUAUUCAAGUGCAGCUUUUGCAGAUUGCAGUCCAUGGCUUUGACAUCACUCUGACACGGCUGGAAGGUGGGGCUGCAGCCUAAUGGAGCUUCCAAGGAGGUGUGUGUGUAGGUGCUGGGCACCCACCGAGGGCCAGCACCAGCCCAAGGCUGCAGGCAUGCUUUGCAGCUGAACAUGGUGCUGUUGGGUGUCCCCCUGUCCUGCAGCGAUGGGCACAGUGUUCCUGCUGUUCCUGUAACCCUGCUGCAGCUCAGGUUUGCACCGCUUCCUAAGCCCUCAUGGUGCCAUCAGUGUGGCCAUGUCAGUACGGUGUCACUCCUUGCAGCAGGGGCACUUCAUCGAGCUGGAUGUCCUGCAGACCAUGCAGCAGCAGCGUCCUGUGCAGUGCUGGCAGAGUGGAACCCACCUGCACCUAAAUGCAUCUGAAACUUUUUGCUUUGGGACUGGAAGGAGGAAGGGGUUUGUUUUGCAGCUCGUGCUCUGACUUUGCUGUGUAGUCCCGGUGAGCACUGGGACCGGCAGAGCAGCUGCAGGUGUGAAGCUGUGCGAGCCUGCGGGGGGUCAGUGCCACAUGGGUGUCAUGUGCAGCAUCCCUGACAUCCCAUAACACGGGAGCUGCUGUUUCGCAGUGAUCAUCUAUCUCAACAAGCACCAAGCAUUGCCUUUUUGGCAGGAAAGUGGUGCCGUUUGCUCUGUUUGAGCAGAAACUUCAUUUUCCAAGCCACGCUUUCUAUAACUGUCUGAUUCUUACGAAGCCUGGGAAGCCUAAAACUGGCUGUCAUUCACUACAGCAGCCUUUCGCAGGACAUGCGAGCAAAAUGGCCUUAAUUAUUUUACCUGGGUCGUUUCCUGGUGAUUAAAUCCCACUUACCACUCAGCUCCCGGGGAUGGGCUGAUGAGGAGUGGUGCGGGCUGUCCCUAUGAGUGCCCUUUGCUGCUUCUUUGUGCCCUUGGCAGAGGUUGGCUCUGCAAACGCCUCCUCCCCUGAUGCUUCCUUUUGUAAGAAGCCUCCAGAAAAUGCUUAUUUUAACCUGCUUUCUGCAUCCACGGAUGGACGGUUUUAUAUGAUGCCGACAGUGCCUGCUGUGAUUUUUAUGGCCCAUAGUUUUCUGAGCAAAUGGCUUUGCUCACGAGUUGGCCGGGCUGCGGUGACCUUCUCUUGUUCAUUAACUGUCUGUUUAAAAAUAUGCAUGUGGUGUUAGUUAUAGAGCAUUGAUUGGGGUUAUUCUAGGUGGUGCGGGGAGGUCUGCUCCUUCCCUGCCCUCCUCAUUACCAAGCAGAAGCGACCGCUCGGGGCCUGGUUUAUUUACCUAAUAAACUGCCUCUUGUAUCAUGUAGGAAAUGCUUACAUUUUUCAGCCAGGAGAUCCUAGUAACAGGCAAACAGAGGUCUAGCAGUCGGGUCUGGAGAAACAACGAAAUGAAGGUCAGCUCCUAUGGCUGUUAUUCUCCUUCCCGGUGGCCAUGACAGCAGGGGUGGUUUAUUUGAGGAUCCCAGACUCGGAGUCAUUGCUCGCAUUGUUGGUCCCCCGAGCGCGGGAGGCUGUGCCAACAGCUCAGGAUAUUAAUGCAUUCUACAGAUCAGUGAAUGGAGAAUUCCUCUGCACUCCUUUCUUUUCCGAAAAAAAAUAAAAAAAAAGUCCUCCUCUCUCCCCUUCCCCCUGCACUUUGUUUGCAGAGCUUUGUCUGCUGAGCGUUGCUGGGCAUCGCUAAUGAGCAGGGAGGCAUCGCGCUGCGCUCCGGGUCCCACUCGAGGUGAAGUCCUCACGCCAGGCAGGUGCACAGCCAUCCACGUGCAGAUGUGCAGGGGCUGAGCAGAGCUCCCUGCUUCUGCAUGCACCCUCCUUCCGUUGCAGGGAUUGCAUUUAGGGAUUUGUGAUAUGUUCUCUGAUCUCUCGUGGAAACGUUAAUGAGAUGAGAAGUGCUGAAGA